AGUCAGCUGAGCACAAGUUGUGCGGACGCGGCUCUGACCUCGUAGCGCAUGCGGGAUCGCGAGGAAAACGUUUAACCCCGUCCCCGUGCACACAGUUUGUCAUCCCAAAAUAAUCCAGUUAAAUUUCCUCCCUUUUCAUUCAGGUUUCGUCGUUAUUUACCCGAGAAGAGUAUCGAUUUAAAGGCUACUGCACAGAGGGGUUAGGAGGUGAAUGUGACGACUAAAAACAUCUGCAGUUUUUCUGAGUAUGGCAUUAGCUGGAUGCCCAGACUAUUUUCUACAUCAUCCAAACUACCAGGACAAUGUUGACCGCACCCCUUCUCACAGGCCAUCCACUCUCCUUGGCUCACGCUUCCAACAGUCAUCCAAUCGGAAUUCUCAUAAUCACCCAGAUGAUGAUGUAGAUCUGGAGGCCCUGGUGAAUGACAUGGCCUCUCUUUCGUCCUAUGAUAGCUCAUAUGCAUCCUGCGGGACCUUACAUGCUGACUCCGCCCCCCUCUUGCACAGAAACGAUGGCAGUGAAGUCCAUGGCAGUAGAGUUGCCCUUCUGCCACGGGCCCCUACUAAUAAAGUGGCCGUCCCCCACCUUCCUGCCCAAAAGCUUCGUCGAUCUCAGCCAAUGCACAUACAGGCUGUCAGGCGUCUUCAAGAAGAAGAGUCGCUGGUUCGUCCUGCUUCUUUGCCAGCUAUUCCAAACCCUUUCCCCGAACUUUGCAGCCCCUCAGGAUCUCCUGUGCUGAGCCCUGGAUCUCUGCCACAGCCGUCAGAGUCGCAUAUCGUCAAGGUUUACAGCGAGGAUGGCGUGGGAAAAGUCGUGGAGGUUCCUGCCGACAUGACGGCCAGAGAUGUGUGCCAGUUUCUGGUUUACAAGAACCACUGUCUAGAUGACAACUGCUGGUCAUUGGUGGAGCAUCACUCCGUCCUCGGUCUGGAGAGAUGUCUAGAAGAUCACGAACGGGUGGUCCAGGUCCAGGCCUGCAUGUCCCCAGAGAGCAAGUUCCUCUUCAGGAAGAACUACGCCAAGUACGAGUUUUUCAGAAGCCCAUUGAACUUCUUUCCGGAGCAGAUGGUAGCGUGGUGUCAGGAAUCGAAUGGCCCGGUUCCACAGUCACAGCUUUUAAAGAAUUUCUUGAAUUCCAGCAGCUGUCCAGAGAUCCAGGGUUUCCUUUAUUUGAAAGAGACGGGACGCAAGUCUUGGAAAAAGCUUUACAUGUUCUUGCGCCGUUCUGGUCUGUACUACUCAACCAAAGGAAUGUCAAAGGAGCCGAGGCACCUGCAGCUUCUGUCCGACCUGGAGGAGAGCAACAUUUUCACUGUGACAACCGGCAAAAAGAUGCACAAUGCGCCCACAGACUACCAGUUCUGCAUUAAGCCCAGUAAGGGCAGGACAGAACUAAAGGAGCUAAAGAUGCUGUGCGCCGAGGACGAACAGAGCCGUACGUGCUGGAUGACAGCAUUCAGACUGUUAAAGUUUGGCAUUCUGCUAUAUCAAAACUACAAGACACCACAGCAGAGGAAGUCAGCCAUCUCCAACUUCUCUACACCUAUGCGGAGUGUCUCGGAGAAUUCGCUGGUUGCAAUGGAUUUCUCAGGCAGAACGGGUCGUGUGAUUGACAACCCUGUGGAGGCUCAGAGCGCCGCAAUAGAGGAGGGACAUACCUGGAGAAAGCGGGGUCCGAGAAAGAAUGUGCUGGGGAGCCCAAGUCCUCUUUAUCCCUCACCACUAAGUUCAGUCAUCCACAGGACACAGUUGUGGUUUCAUGGCCGUAUUAUGAGGGAGGACUCUCACAAGAUGAUAAUGCAGCAGGGCCAAGUAGAUGGGUUAUUCCUAUUGAGGGACAGCCAGAGCAACCCGAAAGCAUUUGUUCUCACACUGUGCCAUCAUCAGAAGAUUAAACACUUUCAGAUUUUACCUAUCGAAGAGGACGGGCAGAUUUUCUUUAGUCUUGAUGAUGGCUCCACCAAGUUCACAGACCUGAUCCACCUGGUAGAGUUCUACCAGCUCAACAGGGGCAUCCUACCAUGUAAACUGAAGCACCCCUGCACCAUGGUGGCCUUAUGACCCCCCUCCCUCCUCCUGAUUUUUACACACUCAUACAGCAGUGUAUCGGAGAAACUGGAUUUUGUUUUGUUUUAUAAUUUCCAGUUAUUUUUUACAAUAAGCUGAUGCAUAUAAAAAGAUUUUUUUUCCGCUCUGGAAAAGCAUGGAAACAUUUCGGGACACGAUGAAGCAUCCUGGACGACCCUGUGUCCUGUGGUUUUGAUGAGGAGGUGGAGAUGUCCAAGAUUUCGCUCAUCAUGUAGGACCCGACAGAAGACCUUCCUCAUGCUCUGCAUAAACUAAUGAUCAGUCAGGACAGUUUUAUCUUUAUAUGAUGUGUCUGCAAAGACUUGCAUUGCAAAAAUUACUUGAUGACGAUUGAUAUGUAUUACGUUAUUUCCUACCUUGAAUAUUUUGCACUCUCGAGCUGAAAACAGGUGAUCCGCUUCAUCCUGAGCUAAUAGCAACUGUUACCCACUUGCCUUCCUCCAGCGUUUCUCUUCUUUUUCUUAAUUUUUUUGUAAUCAUCUACGCUCUUUCUGAGGAAAUCCUAUAAUCGAAUCCUGCAGUUGCGUAACUGAAUUACAGACAGUUUGACUAUUUGAGGUCUAACUCAAGCAAGCCUAAAUGACAGCCGUAAAACAUAACCGAUCAUGCAUAGUUCAUUUUGUUUAUGUCAGCAGGGAGGAAUUAGCCGCAAGGGGUAGCAAACUUGCACUUCGAUGAAUAAUACUUGAUUGCUAUGCUUCACCAGCAUAAUAGAUAGUUAAGCGUUGUCUUAAAGUUUUAAAACUUAAGCUCUGCUGACAAAAUCUGUGGCAUGUUGUUUAUAACCACAUAAAAUGUACUUAAUACAACUCGUACCACUGUUUUUAAGGAAGAACAAAAGUUUAAACUGUUUUACAUUGGUAACCAACAGCAUGCCACAGAUUUUGUUUGUAGUGCAAAUGUUGUGUAACAGAAAAUAGGAAUGGAGAUUUUUGGGUACAGGGCUAAAAGACGAGUUCAUUUUUAUCUUUUGGAAAUGAAGCAAUAGGCACUAUGUGAUUCAGGUUGGCUGGAUUAAGUCUAUGGCCCGUUUGAGUCUGAAUUGGCAUUUUCGCAUAUAGUAUUUUUGUAUUGAAACUCGAUUACACCUUAAAGGGAUAGUUCACCCAAAAAUGAAAAUUUUGUCAUCAUUUAAUCACCCUCAUACCGAGCCCCUAAGGUGACAUUGGAGUAAAAAAAAUCAAAAGUUUAGUUUCAGUGUUCACGUGAAACUUUCACAUGCUCACGUGAAACUUUUACGUGCUCACGCGAAACUUUCACGUGCUCAUGCGAAAACCUUUUGGUGCAGAAUUUUUUUUAAGUUUAGUUUUUCUUGUGCAAAACUAAACAUGAAAGUUUCACGUGAGCACACAAAACUAAACUCGAUAGUUUCACGUGUGCACGUGAUAGUUUCACGUGUGCACGCGAUAGUUUCACGUGCGCACACAAAACUAAAUGUGAAAGUUUCACGUGAGCACACAAAACUAAAUGCGAUAAUUUCACGUGAGCACGCGAUAGUGUCACAUGCGCACACAAAACUAAACAUGAAAGUUUCACGUGAGCACACAAAACUACACUCGAUAGUUUCACGUGCGCACGCGAUAGUUUCACGUGCGCACACAAAACUAAACGUGAAAGUUUCACGUGAGCACACAAAACUAAAAGCGAUAGUUUCACGUGAGCAAAAAAACUAAACUCGUUAGUUUCACGUGGGUACGCGAUAGUUUCACGUGGGCAGCGCGAUAGUUUCACGUUGGGCACACAAAACUAAACGCGAUAGUUUCACGUGGGCACGCGGUAGUUUCACGAGUGGCUCCGUACCCUCAAGUUAUUACAAACUUGUAUAAUUUCCAUUCCCUAAUUUCUACUGAACCGAAAGGAAAAUAUUUUCAAGCAAUGUUUUUCAUCGAGCAGUUUUGAAGCACCAUUGACUUCCAUACUAGAAAAAAUACUAUGGAAGGCAACGUGCCUACAAAAUUGUUUCUUUACAAACAUUGCUCAGCUAAAGAAGGGAAUUUAUACAGGUUUGUAAAAACUAGUGGUUGACUAAAUGAUGACAGAAUUUUUAUUUUUGGGUAAGCUAUCCCUUCAACCCGUCCCUCUUUAUGUAAUGUAGCCCACCUGGUUCACAAUUCAAGGGCCAUUCUUUAUCCUCCAGCUCCUUACUUUUUUUUAAUUUACAUAGUGUAUAAGUGUAACCCGAAGCUUAAUAACUGCCUUUCAAAUCACUGUGCUGUUCUUGAGCCAUGUUAAAAUCUUUAAAGUGACAGGCCAGGACAGAUCAAGCGUCUGUAUGGACCAACACCUACGAUCGCACGCUCUGACAAAGAGAGCGAGGAGUUGCAAAGUCACGUCUCGUGGGUGUGUCUGUAAUCCUCUAGAGCCGAGUGACAUAAUGCGUGAGGAGAUUAGCUCCCGUGACAAGAUUUUUAGCAGGUAUAGCUGGUAUACGGUCACUUUGGUAGUUUGUCUACAGCAGCGCUGUUCUGUUCUCGCCGUCCGCCUUGUUACCCUUCCAACACUGGCCCAGCAAGACUAAGCUAUGUCAACCUCUUGUGGUUUUUUAUGCUAACUCUGACAGCCGACUGUUAUACUGCUGAGCUAGAACCACACACGCCUGAAGGACGAGAGUGUGCAUGAUGCACACUAUGAUUGUGAAACACUUUAUAGUACCACAUAAGCACCUUUGUUUUUAUUAUCAUGUAAAAGCCACGCCGUGUUUAACUUAAAUGAACGCUUUAAGCAUGUUUCUCAUAUCGGUGAUGUGAGCUACUAGGCUCUGUCAAUCAAGGCUUACAUUGUGCCUUGCAUUAAAGGGAUGGUUCAACCAAAAAUAAUAAAAAUCUGCUUUAUAUUAACUAUACCACCUAUUUUGUUACUAUAACAUUCAUUUGAUCAUAGAGCCCAAAAUGUAUUUUAAUUGUAUGAAAGAAAUGUUGAAAAAUGAACAGAGUAUUAUUUUUUUUGUAUGGACUAUCCCUUAAAAAUGUUAAUUCACCAUUUUUUUCUAUUCAUACACAAAUCUGCUUUAUUUUUUAUGAACACUAUGACGCUCCAUGUAUGUAGUGUCAGGGAUUUUAAGAUGUGGUCAAUGGAAGCCUCAACAUGGUGGAUUUUAUCACAUUAUGGUUUAGUUUAUCUUUUGCUUAUCAAAUAAAGUUUAGUCAAAAAUCCCGCAUGCAUGAAUCUGACAAGGACACAUGGACACAAAGUAUGUUUUAACUGGAAUACACACGGGCAGAGUCGGAUUCGUUCUAGGUGUACGUUUGGGUGAUGCUUAGUUUUGUUAACCUUUGCUGUUAUGUGGAUCUUCAUUAUGAAAUGUCAAACGUGAGGAAUAUCAACUCACCUCUCUUUCCCUACUGUGGAGACGAGACUUCGGUUAGUCUUGCUUUACGUCAACUACUGUGGGAUAACGUUGAGCUUUUCACGUGCAUGUUUUGGCUCAUGUGCAACGGUGUUUAUUAAAAGUACAGAAAACAGCUCUCUAAGUAUGUGAAGCCUGAGGAGAGGUAGUGAAUCUAACACUGUAUUAAACAUCAUCUAUUACUAUAUAAAUGUGGUGAGCUCCAAAAACAAAAUGAAGAUGUUAUGCAUAAAUGGCAGAUUAUGCAUAUUCCCUCUCGACUUGUACCAGUGUGCAUAUUUUUAGCUUACAUUGUGUUUUCAUUUUUAUGUCACAAAUGUCUUUUUAUAAAGAGUAUAUAUUACAGUAUUAAAUUACAGAUGU